CGGAAAGAUCUUUGCUUGAUUAAUUCUCUGGCUCUUAGGUUUAUUUUUCACCUUACUUUGGGCCAAGGGGAUAGAGAUUAGAGGAGCACGGAGAAGUGUGCUACGAGGGGAUAUAUAGCACUGCCCCCAUUCCACGUUACGUUGCCGCUCCGAACCACCCUGAAACCUAUACUAUGCCGCUCUCCAACUCUACGUCGUCUGUGCCGGCCGUCACCGUCCCGGCGGCCGAGGAGCUCCUCUCACAAGGGCUCCGGGCGGAGUCGCUGCCGCGGCACGUGGCGCUGGUGAUGGACGGGAACUCGCGGUGGGCGGCAGCGCGGGGCCUGCCGCCGACGGACGGGCACGAGCACGGGAUGCGCGCGCUGAUGAGGACGGUGCGGCUCUCCCGCGCCUGGGGCAUCCGCGUCCUCACCGCCUUCGGUUUCUCGCUCGAGAACUGGAAUCGCCCCAAGGCGGAGGUUGACUUCUUGAUGGCCUUGAUCGAGAGGUUUAUCAACGACAACCUCGCCGAGUUCUUGAGGGAAGGGACCCGUCUACGUAUAAUCGGUGACCGCUCAAGGCUGCCGAUCUCUGUGCAGAAGACUGCACGAGACGCCGAGGAGGCAACAAGAAACAACUCGCAGCUCGAUCUAGUCCUAGCCAUCAGCUACAGCGGGCGAAUGGACAUUGUGCAGGCAUGCCGGAAUCUCGCCCAGAAAGUGGACGCCAAGCUGCUCAGGCCGGAGGACAUCGACGAGUCGCUGUUCGCCGACGAGCUCCAGACGAGCGAAACAUCUUGCCCGGACCUGCUCAUCAGGACCAGCGGCGAGCUGAGGCUGAGCAACUUCCUGCUAUGGCAGUCGGCUUACUCGGAGCUCUUCUUCACCGACACGCUCUGGCCUGAUUUCGGGGAGGCCCAAUAUCUCCAAGCCAUGAUGGCCUUCCAGAGCAGAGACAGGCGCUUUGGAAGAAGAAAAAACAAUGCAGCGCUAUAAAUAAACGGUGCGCGCGCGUGACCCGAUGCUCGAUCAUCCUCUAUCUAUCUGUAUCUGCCUUUAUAAUCAGUUUUUAUUACCUUCAAAUAAAGUGUUUCUCUCAAGAUGCGUGGUGUACUAUAGGAGAGGCUACUAAAACUUCUCUCCAGUGAUUUUACUCUAUGCUAUAUGCUCAUUGUAUUUGAUAUAGUUUAGCAUUCAUGCCGAA